AACAAAGUUCCUUCUCGCAUGUUGAAUUCAGUGUUAUCGUUGUGAGAACUCGCUGGAUCCCAACGUUCUGAGAUAUGAACUCAGAGAGUGACUACGGCGCGACAGUCAGUUGUGGCAAUGGGAAGCUUAGACAAUGGCUAAUUGAGCAGAUUGACAGCGGGAAGUACCCUGGAUUGGUUUGGGAAAGUGACGACAAAACCAUUUUCAGAAUCCCCUGGAAACACGCCGGAAAACAGGACUACAACAGAGACGAGGAUGCUGCGCUCUUUAAGGCCUGGGCCCUCUUCAAGGGGAAAUUCAGGGAGGGGAUCGAUAAGCCAGACCCCCCCACCUGGAAGACGCGACUCCGCUGUGCGCUCAACAAAAGCAACGACUUCGACGAGCUGGUGGACAGGAGCCAGCUGGACAUAUCAGACCCCUACAAAGUCUACAGGAUCAUCCCCGAAGGAGCCAAGAGAGGAGCCAAGCAGAUAAGCGUGGAGGACCCGUCUUCUCACUCCAACUCUCACGGCUUCUCCGUUCACCCAUCAUACCCACCCCUGCAGCCUCAGGUGCCCGGCUAUAUUCCUCAUGAGAGGAGGGACUGGAGGGACUUUGUGCAGGACCCACAGACGCCCACAGAGCUGCAGUUCGGCCAGUGCCCAUACCCCCCGCGCAACCUCUCCUGGCAGGGGGUGCCCUGUGAGAACGGGUAUCAGGUAACAGGGUCCUUCUACACCUGUUCACCCACAGAGUCCCAGCCUCCUCCAGCCUUCUCUCUGGACCCCAGCAUGAGGUCAGCGGAGGCCAUGGCUCUCUCUGACUGCCGCUUGCACAUCUCCCUGUUCUACCGCGAGUCCCUGGUGAAGGAGGUGACCACCAGCAGCCUGGAGGGCUGCCGGAUCUCCACCUGCAUGGACGACAAGCUGCCCAGUAGCAUGGACCAGGUGCUGUUCCCCUUCCCCUACCCCCAGUCGCAGAGGAAAGGGGCGGAGAAGCUGCCUGCCGCGCUGGAGAGGGGCGUGCUGCUGUGGAUGGCGCCCGACGGGCUCUACGCCAAGCGCCUGUGCCAGGGCCGGGUGUUCUGGGAGGGGCCGCUGGCACCCUUCGCCGACAAGCCCAACAAGCUGGAGAAGGAGCAGACCUGCAAGCUGCUCGACACGCAGCAGUUCCUCAGCGAGCUCCAGGGCUUUGCCUAUCAUGGUAGGCCUGCCCCCAGGUUCCAGGUGGUCCUCUGUUUUGGGGACGAGUACCCCGACCCCCAGAGGCAAAGCAAGAUGAUCACUGCCCAGGUGGAGCCAGUGUUCGCCAAGCAGCUCCUCUACUUCGCCCAGCAGUCCAGCGGUCACUACAGCCGCGGGUACGAGAUGCCGGUGCAGUCGGCCACCCCCACGGAGGACUACCAGAGGCCUAUCCACCACCACGCCCUCCCGGAGUGAGGGUGCUGAUCUGCGGACACUAGCUGGGCCUGCAAAUGGACACUGCCACUACUGUGUGGAACUAAAACAGAAAGACAAGCUGGUUUCGAAUGUGGACCUCAAUGAGUUCUCAUCACUAAGGCGGACAUCUCUGGGCCAGGGGACGCAAAACUACACCAACGGACUUGGGCAGAAAAAAAACGUGGCGUCCUCCUUCCGUCUCUGUCCCUCUGUCCGUCCUUCCUC